AUAGUUAGAACCGGAAGUCUCAUGUCCGGCUGCGCACGCGUAUUGCAAGACACUGACAACUAGCAGAGGAAAAAGCUAAGCUAAUCAACUAUCAGCUAAAGAAAGCAGCUCUUUACACAGAAAAACAUACAUUGAAAUGUUUCGGAGAAAACUGACAGCGUUAGACUACCACAACCCCAGUGGAUUUGACUGCAAAGAUGAGACUCAGUAUAGAAACUGCAUCGUGUGGCUGGAGGACCAGAAGAUUCGCCAUUAUAAGAUCGAGGAGAGAGGAAACCUGAGGAACAUCCCGAGCUCAGACUGGCCCAACGCAUACCACCAGUACCUGCAGGACCUGAACUGUCCGUUUGGAGGUGAGCAGAGGCCGGAGUCAGUGGACUGGUUACUGGGCCUGGCUGUAAGAUACGAAUAUGGAGACAAUGUGGACAAGUAUAAGAACUGUAAGCCGCUGGCAGCCUCCAGCAACAGCGACAAAGCAGUGGACCACCUCCUCAACCUUGACGGUAAUUCACCAGAUUUCAAAGCAGGAGUGACAGCUCUGGCUAACAUCCUGAAGAUACAGCGACAUGACGACUACCUGGUGAUGCUCAAGGCUAUUCGUAUUCUGAUCCAGGAGAGACUUUCCCCAGAAGCCAUCACUAAAGCCAGCGAUAAUAGAGAGGGUAUUCCUGUAGCUUUGGACAAGCAUGUCUUAGGUUUUGACACUGGAGAUGCCGUUCUGAACGAAGCGGCUCAGAUCCUGCGCCUGCUGCACAUCGAGGAGCUGAGGGAGCUACAGACGAAGAUCAACGAGGCCAUCGUCGCUGUUCAGGCCAUCAUCGCCGACCCAAAGACAGACCACCGGCUGGGCAAGGUCGGCAGAUGAGAGGGAGGGGGAAGAGGGACGCUGGAGGAAGAAGGGAGGGACUGAACCACGGGAGUUUUAAUUUGAUUUUGAGUGGAAAGCCUUUGUUGGGAGUUUUUUGUCAGAUAUAGAGUAAAUGCCACAUUUUUACAUGCUGUCUUUCAUUUUUGUACUGCAGCAUGGAUGAGUUUACACUACACGUUACAAACGUUUACCUGAUCUCUGUUAAUAUGUUCAUUUCUACCUACUGGGGUCGAACGGUACGAUUAUCUCCUGGUUGCCGCAGUGUUUCCCUGAUCAAAUAUUCAGACAGCUAUGUUUGUAUCUUUUGUUUCCAGAGGUUCUUUACGUUGUUGCUGUGUGGGGAAAAUAUAUAAAUGCAGCUGAAGA